AUGCAGCGAGACCUGGUGCUGCUAUUGUUGUUGCUGGGCCUCAAGAUACAUCUGUCCUUUGGUAUCAUCCCAGCGGAGGAGGAGAAGCCAGCCUUCUGGAACCAAAAGGCAGCCGAGGCCCUGGAUGCUGCCAAGAAGCUGCAGCCCAUUCAGACAUCAGCCAAGAACCUCAUCCUCUUCCUGGGGGACGGGAUGGGGGUGCCCACAGUGUCAGCCACCAGGAUCCUAAAGGGACAGAUGGAAGGCAAUCUAGGACCCGAGACACCCCUAGCCAUGGACCGCUUCCCCUACAUGGCUCUGUCCAAGACAUACAACGUGGACAGACAGGUUUCAGACAGUGCGGGUACAGCUACCGCCUAUCUGUGCGGGGUCAAGGCCAACUACAUGACCAUUGGAGUGAGCGCAGCGGCCCGAGUUGACCAGUGCAACACCACAUUUGGCAAUGAGGUCAUCUCGGUGAUGUACCGUGCAAAGAAAGCAGGAAAGUCUGUGGGAGUGGUGACCACCACCAGGGUGCAGCACGCCUCUCCAGCCGGCACCUACGCACACACGGUGAACCGUAAUUGGUACUCGGAUGGAGAAAUGCCUCCUUCUGCAGUUCAGGAGGGCUGCAAGGACAUCGCCACACAACUCAUUUCCAACAUAGAUAUUGAUGUGAUUCUCGGUGGAGGUCGCAAGUACAUGUUUCCCAAGGGGACACCAGACCCUGAAUACCCAGAUGACAUUAACCAAUCUGGAACAAGGCUGGAUGGAGAGAACCUAGUGGAGAAGUGGCUGAAAAAUCACCAGGGGGCCCGGUAUGUUUGGAACCACACGGAGCUCAUUCAGGCAUCCCAGGACCCAGCAGUGACUCACCUCAUGGGCCUCUUUGAGCCAACAGAUAUGAAAUAUGAUAUCAACCGAAACCCCUUACUGGACCCGUCCCUCAAGGAAAUGACAGAGGUGGCCAUGCGCAUGCUGAGCAGGAACCCAAAAGGCUUCUAUCUCUUUGUGGAAGGGGGUCGUAUUGACCAAGGCCACCAUGAGGGCACAGCUUACCUGGCGUUGACUGAGGCUGUCAUGUUUGACUCUGCCAUUGAGAGUGCCAGCCAGCUUACCAGUGAGCAGGACACGAUGAUCCUCGUCACCGCUGACCACUCCCACGUCUUCUCCUUUGGUGGCUACACACUUCGGGGGACCUCCAUCUUCGGUCUGGCCCCACAAAAUGCUCAGGAUGGCAAAACCUACACCUCCAUUCUCUAUGGCAACGGCCCCGGCUACGUGCUUAAUUCAGGCAACCGGCCCAGUGUCACCAGUGAAGAGAGUGGUGACCCCUCGUACCUGCAGCAGACGGCUGUACCCCUGUCCUCAGAGACCCACGGCGGGGAGGAUGUGGCGAUAUUCGCGCGUGGUCCGCAGGCACACCUGGUGCACGGAGUGCAGGAGCAGAGUUACAUCGCGCACGUCAUGGCCUUUGCAGGCUGCUUGGAGCCCUACACCAACUGCGGCCUGGAGGCCCCUGCUGACCAGAGCAGCACCAUCGCCCCGACCAAAGUCACAAACAGCGCAGCAGGCCAGGCCACUGCACUGUUGUCCCUGCAGCUGCUGCUUAGUGCGCUGUUGCUGCUAGUAGGGACACGCAUAGCGGCACCAUGA